AUGGCUGCUUAUAUUCCAAAUUAUACUGAUUACUUUAACAUUAAUCACUACAACUACAACUACAAUCCUGGUAUCCCUUGUCUCAUACAAAACAUACAAACUGGCAUGCCAAGUCAAGGUAGUCAACCUAAAAAGCAUUCAGAUCCUGAGAAAAAAACUCGAUUUUAUGUAAAGCAAGCGUGUACAAAUUGUCGUGCUAAAAAAGAAAAGUGUUCAGGAGAAGAAAAGUGUUCAAAUUGCAUUAGACGAAAUAAGGAGUGUAUAUACGUUAGUUCUGGCAAGAAACGUGGGCCUAAACCUAAGGAACCGCUUAAGCCGACACUGUCUAAUAUAUUGAAUUAA